AUGCAACUGGAGCUCAUUAUUGACAUAGUUACGCAACUUGAAGGGAUCAUUAAAGAAAAGCCAGUCCCACAAAAGCCAAGUCUUUCAGGAGGAAACAAAGCACCUCGUGAGAGUGGCUUACUAAUUCCGAAUGCUCCUGAAUCGGACAAAGAAUCAUCAGCUGAAAAAAUUCUUGACGACCAGACUUUUUUUAAGCGGAUGGUAUCCAUUCUGUUAGGUAAAGUUGAGCAGGAUAUCAACAUUGUCUCUGCUUCUCGUCUAGGUAGAAAUCAGCAUAAUCCAUCCAAGACUCGCUCGCUAAAUGACGUCUGUCAGGAUGAGGAUGAAUGUCGCCGCAUCCUCAGGCGUACCUCGCGUCACAAAGGAGAAACCUUCCUUGUUCUAAAAGGCCUUUCCCAAGAAGAUAGAGUCAGAAUGAGAUAA